AAGGCCAACUCGAAACCCCAUACUACGGCCGCUACCAAGGCGAACCCAGUAAAGCUCCAUAUCCAUCGCGGUUGCGUUGAUUACCCAACCUUAACACCCGAGCUCCUGAAGCUGCGCCAUGACCACCACCGGCACGCUGGCGACGGCGCCUGACCCGCCCGAGGCCCUGGACGUGGUCGAGACACCCACCUCGCCGUCGUCGAACCUGGCCCGGUCGCGCUUCGAGUUCGAGACGGACAAGCGCAACGAGGGAACCAAGAUUCUUAUGGUCGAGUGGGAUGAUAACGCCUCGGUUCAAAAGCAAGAAGACGAGGCCGGCUCCGGUAGAGGGUACGAGCAGAGCAGUGGUGGUGGUGGUGGCUGGGACGUGUCAUGGGAGGGCAAAGGGGCGGUGCUCCCGGUCUGGGAUGUCGAUCCGGAAACCAGCAGCAACGACAACAUACAACGCGUCUACUACCUCUUGCCCCCCGGCGCUCCUAUCCCAACUCUGGUCAGCAUCGCCCGCGAAGGCCGAAGCGGCGAGCCCCGCGCAACAAUUCUACGGACCAAGCCCCUGCCCGCCAUCUUCCCCGCGGAGUUGACAAGCAAACAAGAUGCCGGACGGCGCGGCGUGCUGCACACCAUGUGGGCGAAGAAACGAGUGGCGGAGCUGCGGGCCGAGAUCGAGGCCGAGAUGCGCACGAACGGCGAGAGCGUCGGGCUCGAGAUGGCCCUGCAGGAGCUGCAGUGGAUUGUCGACCAUUUUGGACUGGUGCCCGACCCGGGACUGCCGCAGUCGACAAGACUCCUUAUCCCCCAAAACCCGGCCGGCCCGGCGAGCCCGAGGAGCCCCCUAGGAGGCAGGCUAGGGGAGAAGCUCAGGGGGCUAAAACUCGCGACCAGCCCGGCAGAGCUGGCCGCUGCUAGUCAAGCAGCUGCAAAAAGCGCCCAAGGGCCGCAAACGCACCCCUUGGUCACGUCGGUUUCCCCACCGGCUUCGGGCAUAUCUGUAUCAGCAAUCCUGGGCUCGGGCGGCGGCGGCGUUGGAUCGCUGAAUGCAAUUGUAGGGGGCGCGGUAGCACCGGCCACUGCCGCAAGGUUUGGAGAUGGAGAGGAGGCCAACGAGGAGGAACUAUUCGCCCUUCCCAUGAGUCCCCGGAGCCCGGAGAUGAAGAGGAGUCCGUUCAGUAUUUUAUAGACGAUGAUGAUGUAUACCCGCGGACAUCGGCUGCUGUCACCGGCCGCUUGGUGUCCGCUCGCAUGUUGCGCUUGAGUUUAUACGGGACAUGUUUGUGCCCUCUCAGGCUUGGUCGGGUCAUGGACUCAAACGACACACGGGCGUAUAAAGGGCAGAGGGAAGAGGUCAUGGCUACCUUGCGAACCCGG